UGGGCUGACCCUAAAAGUCGAAGAAGGAUAUCACAUAUUCACAAAACAAGAACAACCCCUCAAAAUCCAACAACAGCCCAUCAUAAACCAUUAAACCCUUCUCUCCUUCUCACUUCCGCCGCAGCUUCUGCGCAAACCCAACACCUCGCCGUCGGUGAGCUACCAUGGUGCACGUCGUAUACUACCGCAACUAUGGAAAGACAUUUAAGAAGCCUCGUCGUCCUUAUGAAAAGGAACGAUUGGAUGCUGAAUUGAAGCUUGUAGGAGAGUAUGGGCUUCGAAACAAGAGGGAGCUCUGGAGGGUUCAAUAUGUUUUGAGCCGUAUCCGUAAUGCUGCAAGGCAUCUUCUUACCCUAGAUGAGAAGAACCCUCGUCGUAUCUUUGAGGGAGAAGCUCUUCUGAGGAGAAUGAAUAGGUAUGGGCUUUUGGAUGAAGGACAGAACAAGCUCGAUUACGUGUUGGCUCUGACCGUUGAGAACUUCUUGGAGAGGCGUCUUCAGACCCUUGUCUUCAAGUCUGGUAUGGCCAAGUCUAUUCACCAUGCUAGGGUGCUCAUCAGGCAAAGGCAUAUUAGGGUUGGGAGACAGGUGGUUAAUGUUCCCUCUUUCAUGGUGAGGGUUGACUCUCAGAAGCACAUUGACUUUUCUCUCACUAGCCCCUUCGGAGGAGGCCGCCCAGGUAGAGUGAAGCGAAAGAACCAGAAGGCAGCAGCAAAGAAGGCAGCUGGUGGUGAUGGUGACGAUGAAGAUGAAGAGUGAGCUAUAUACCCAGUCCUUGGUAGUUUGUAGGCUUAAGAUCCUUUGUUAGCACCUCUAUUGAAUACUGAAAUAUGGCACUAUUUUUCCUAAGAGAUCCUUCAAUUUUUAUGUUUCAGUUUAUUGGUUUUGUUCCUUCACAAUUUAGAAAGUUUUUGAGUUCUUUUUGUUGUGGUUAAACUAUUCGAAUAUGACAAUGUGUUCAUUGCGUUCUUAUGGAUCCAAUUGAUCACCUUUAUUAACUUAUCCAUAGCAAUAUAGCAUCAUGUUCUGUAUUUUUUCUUC